AGACUAAGUUCAGUGUGUAUCAUUUUUCCUGUCGAGACGCACACACCGAACGAGAUAUAGAGAAUUAAUAAGCACACAGAAUUUUCAUCAACCUUUCAAAUUGUUCGAACCAAAUAAUAAUAAUUAAUUUCUCAAAUUUUCGUAUCUUAUCGCGAUAUUUUUCUUGCUCGAAUCGACUUUUGUUCUUUUUUUUCCGAUACCGAAUCUAAUAACUCAGUGGACAAUGUGACUCUUACUCCAAGCAGACUGCAACCGAAACAUGUGAAAACGGACAACCAAUUUGAGGCGAUAGUACAAUUUUGAUAGGAAGAAUCAAGCAAAAGCGAUCCAUACAAUAUUUUCAAAAUAUAUAUUUAUUUCUAGCUUAAUUUUGGUAUGUUGAGUGACUUUGAUUUGUUUACACAAAUCUGAUAAUAGUUUUAAACAUUUGUAGCAUUGUGAUCAGUUUUAAAGAGUUAUUAAAUCCAAAUCGAAUCGAAUAGAAAAUAUAUAAAUCAAUUUGAAUUUCGAACUAAUUUCGGAGCAAUUGUUGCUUUCUCGCGUUAUAUAGCGCGCGCGUGUGUGCGUGUGUGCGUUUGUGCGGUAGUGCGUCGUAAUAUCGCAUUUUUGAUCGAUUUGAUGGUAUUCAUCAUUGAUCGAAAACGGCAAAGUGAUCGUAGUGAUUAACGCAAGUCAACGACUUUUGUCAAGAUAGAUCGACACAUCUGACAAAGUAGCAGUUUGGAACACACCAUACGAUAUAUAUGACUCACACUGAACGAUGGAUAAUGACACGAUCCGAUUUUUGGACGAUACCAUAACUGUGCUACGACAUGUUCCGGGCGAAAGUGCUGUUUUAAUAGUGAAAUAUGAGCAACCACCCAGUCAUUGUCUGCCGCUUGAAUUUACAUGGAAUCGAGAUGAUUUACCAAUCGAAAAAUCGGAGCGCUAUCGCAUUGCCCAGAGUAAAAAUGCUGUCCAAUUAGCCUUAGAUCACGUACAACGUGAAGAUACUGGACAUUAUACUUUAUUUGCAAAAACAAAAGCGGGCAAAAUUUCACGAAAAGAUAUUGAACUAGUGAUUGAAGAUAGAUCGAGUGGCGAUGAUCCACCCACAUUUGUUCGAAGAUUAACCGAUUUAUCUGUCAAAGUGGGAACACGUACGCGGCUCUUGGUGGAAAUUCGUAGCUCAUCACAAGUUAAGGUGACAUGGUUCCGUAACGAUAGACGAGUUUGUGAAAACAAUCAUAUUCGUUGCGUAAACGAAGGCAAUUUUUACUGUGUUGAAUUGACGCCGGUUAGUUUGGACGAUGUCGGUCGGUGGAUGUGUAUGGUGGAGAAUGCUAGCGGACGAAAUUCGUGUUUGGCUGUUCUCAAUGUCCUGGUGCCAAAAGCGUAUAAAACACCGGAAUUUGUGGAACAUUUACGCGCUCUACUCACCGAACAAGGAACCGUUUCGUUGGAAUGCAAAGUGAUUGGUGUGCCGACGCCGUUUUUACGCUGGUUCAAAGAUUCGAAGGAAAUCAAGGCUGGUGAUGUUUUCGCUCUAACGGCAAAUCCAGAUGAUCCAACGUCACUUGGAACGUACACGUGUGAAGCUGUCAAUUGUAUGGGCCGCACGUAUUCCAGUUCAAAAGUGCAUGUUGUUGGCAAAGGAAGUCGUGAAGGUUCACUCAAACCAGCUGACAGCAUGAUUCACCAUGGAACGCCACCCAUCUUCACAGAUGAACUGAAGAAUUUAAAAAUAAAACUUGGCGAUGCAUUCACGUUAGGAUGUCAAGUGGUUGUGCCACCUUGGCCCAAAUCCGUUGUAUGGUACAAUAAGGAAGGUCGGGUGGAUGCUAGCGAAAAUGCUCGUAUCGUUGAGGAUGGCUUGGGAAUGUAUAUGAUCGAGAUAAAAGAAUCGAACAGUGGCGAUGAGGGCGAAUGGAAAUGCGUUGUAACCAGUAUUGAGGGAAGUGUCGGCAUUUCGACGUGCACCAUUGAAAUGGAUAUUCCGAAAAACUAUCGAAAACCCAGAUUCAUGGAAAAUUUAAAAGCUGUGCUCACCGAUGAAGGUUUAGUAUCUUUUGAAUGCAAGGUAGUCGGCUUCCCAACGCCAAUGCUCAAAUGGUUUAAGGAUGGUCAAGAAUUGAAGCCGGGAGAUGUGUACCAACUCACCGGGACAAAUUCGCUAGGAACAUAUUGUUGUCUGGCUAAAAACUGCAUGGGCGAAACCAGUAGCACAGCUAUACUCACCGUUGAAGACAUUCAGGAUAGAUUGAAUGAUGAGGAACGGCUCGUGUACAGCCAGAAAUUGAAUCAACCGCCCAAAUUUAUUCAAGGUCUUAAAAGUCAAGAAGCAAAAAUCAACGAAGAUUUUCGAUUUUUCAUCGAAGUUUCUGCACAACCCGAGCCAAAACUUUCGUGGUACCGUGAUGAGUUACCAAUUGAAGAUUCCGAACGCUACGUGAUUUUACGUGAAACCGCUGCCAAUUGCCAAUUAUUGAUUCGAAAAAUUGAAUUUGUUGACCAAGCUGAAUGGAAGUGUGUUGCGACCAAUGAUUACGGAACAAGUGUCACAUCGUGCUUCCUCAAGUUGCAGAUUCCACGGCAUUACAAAAAGCCAAAAUUCCUUGAAUGUCUUCGUGCCAUUCUAACGGCAGAAGGUGCAGUGAAUCUUGAAUGCAAGGUGAUUGGCGUUCCGCAACCCGUAUUAAAGUGGUACAAAGACGGAAUUGAGUUACGUGCCGGAGACAUUCAUCGAAUAAUAUCGGGCCAGGAUGGUACUUGUUGUUUAGGUACUUACACAUGCGAAGCGAAAAAUUGCAUGGGGAUUGUGGCUAGUUCAGCUUCAAUUUUGGGCUUUGAUAACGCUGUCAAGUCGAAUACGAAUGCAAACCAAGAGCUACAACGAAACCAUUCGCUAUCCACAAUAAACGAAGAACGUUCAUCUCAACUGUACGAAACGCCAGCUUCUGGCGGUGACAUCACACAGAAAUCAGAUGUUUCAUUCAGUUUCGAUGGCAAAGAAGUCAGCGUGUCUCUGUAUGAGACUCCGGAUUUGACUGAAGAGGAGGCGUUGCAAAUCGUCGAAAUGUACGCCGAUCAAAUUUCCGAACAUGUAACUGAACACAAUGUCGUUGAAUUGCCGCCACUUCGUUUCGUGAAGGAAACAUCACAGUCGGGAAAUCUGCUUAUGGAAGCGGUCAUCAUCGAUGUAGCAUCUGAAUAUUUCCUAAACGAAGAGGACAUGCGAACCGAAGCUGAUCUUGACAACGUCUCAAUAAACGACGAAGUCAGCCUUCACGGUCUCACAACCGUCGAAGAGAAAAGCAAUCGAGAUGAAUCAAUCAUAAGUGGAGAUGUGGACGACUACUUCAGCUUAUCGAGAGCCACGAAAAUGAGCGAGGAUGACGAUGAUGACAAUACGGAAGAUUUACUGAGCGCAAGAGGUUCGGACAAGCAUCAAUCGAUGGUUCAAGAUGCUGAAGAGUUUGUGAGCUUAGAGCAUUCGGCAAGGAGUGGUAGUCGAAAGCGAAAAGUGUCAUCAUCGCAAACCGAUGAUCCGUCCAAAAAACAUAUCAUUGAACAGCAAGAUGUUGAACAAAAUCUCAAUGCAGUCGUACCGUUAGCGAAAUUAAUUUCCAUUCUCGAAAGAAGUUUAAAUACGAUUAAAGAAGAGGUUUUUGCCCAAUCAGCACUCAUGAUGUCACCCGCUUCAGCCGACGGUAGCGUAACAAUAGUUCGAAAUAUUUUAGAGCCAAUCAGUCGUAUGCGACAGAAAUUAAACGAAUACAAUGGCCAAACAUCAUUGGAAUUAAUGUUUACUGAAGUUGGAAAUGAUUUUGAAAAGCUACAUCAAGCACUGACGGUUGUAGAGAAAUGUGUAUCGAUGGAUGAGGUUGGCCAUACAAUGAUUCAACGAACUAGCGUAUGUGUAGUCGAUAGCGUUGGUGAGGAAUUGGUACAACUGUUUGAUGCCAUCGAAAAAAUUGCCGACAAUAAGAGCCAAUCGAGUAUUCAAACGGAAAUAAAAAUACUGAUGAACGAUUUGCGCAUGGGAAUUCGAAUUACACAAGACACGAUUAAGGCUCACGCAUUGCUGCAAGAAGCGAGUGCGAUUGAAGUUGCUCAACAUAUCACAGACACUAUGGAACGUGUACAAAAUAUACCCGAACCACUUCCAUUUGAAUCAUUGUCAUUGUCAACUAAUCAAUUGCCACCGGAAGCGCAUAAUUUUAAAAAUGUUUGCCGAUCCAUUGUGAAAAUUCAAGAAAUUUUGGAUUCAUCUGAUGAAAAUAGCGCACCAGAGUUAGUUCUACGCACUUUAAUGCAACCGAUCAGUGCACUCGAGCAUGAAAUUCAAUCGAUUGAACAAGUUCUGAAUGCUGAGCAAAGUGGCGUAGACGAAACACUUGGUGAAAAGAUUAAUAUUGUUCUAUGGGACGUAGUUACACCACCCAUGUAUGAACUGUUCAAAUCGCUAGAGAUACUUGAAAGCCAAUCACCAACACGAGCAAGUGAGGUAUGCGAUGCCAUUUUACCACCGUUGCAGGAAAUUCAAAAUGGCUUGGCACGGAUUGGUCAAGACAUUGAAAAUGGAACUUUGGGACGACACUCACCACCUAUGGAAAACACCGACACAAAACGUAUAAUCGAUAGUGUGAAUCAAGGACUCAUUUAUAUGGGCAGCAACAUUGAAGCGCAACCACUCAGUGACAGUGUACGAAAUUCAUUCAUCGCGUUACGUGAUCAAUUGAAUAGUUUGAUUAAAAGCACAGCUGAGAUUGAUGAGAAUAGCUGCUUGACAAUUCUAGGAUCUAUAAAAAAGCCCAUUGACGAUUUAAAUUAUUGCUUCCGUCAAAUGGAAGAACGUUCAACUUCGCAAUCAACUCAAGAGAUAUUGGAUCCAUUGAGUGGUCUCAAGGACAGCGUUCGACGAUGUGGAGAAAAAAUCGCACUCAAUAAGGGCACACUAAAGUGUCAAACCAUUCUCAGUGAAUUGGAACGUUUAAUUGAAUCAACUGAACAGAAUAUCAUUUUGGUUCCAUGGUUGCGCGUCGCCAUGGAAGUUGAAUUGUCUGAAAGUUCAAGUUCACAAAACCAAAUUGUCUCAAUGAAGUCGGUGCAAGAAGAAAGAAUCAAACAGAUUGUGGAGACAAUCGUAGAUGUGAACCGUUACAUUGCAAGUUUACAAGAGCAUACACAACAUGUAGACGCGAUGGACUUGGAUACACCACAUUUAUCAAUGAUUUCUGAACCAUUACGGAAAAUACAACAAAAUUUAUUAGAAUUACAAGAAACAACACAUGAUGGAGUGAUUGAUGUUUCACAGGACAAAGUUAGCCAAAUUAAAUUGCUUGAAAAGUUGGUCAAACCAUUGGAAAAUAUGCGUGAAUCCAUAAAAACAAUCGAAGAAAAUACUGACAAUCCGCAGAUAUCAAUCGCAAGUCAAGACAUUUUGUCAGACUUUGACGUGUUGGCAAAACCAUUGAAAGAUAUGCACGAGUGCAUCGCAGUGAUGCAGCAUGAAUCGAAUUUGGCUGAAAGUGCUGGGUCAUUUGGUGCAGAGGUUCAGCCAGAAAGUGCAAAAUUCGCCAAACCCAUCGUUGAAUUGAAGAAAAAUGUCGCAAUUGUUCUGCAACACAUUAUCGAUGCACAAGAAGAUUUGUCAACCAUGGAUGAUAUUUCGAUGAUGAAAUCUGUGGCUGAACAAUUACCACACGACGAUAGUUUAAAGUUCACACCAAAUGUGAACCAGGUCGAUAUUCAAUUGCCAAAAGAGUUACAAUUGUUCGAAUUUAUGGCAUUAGAAAGAAAAAUACGUGAAUACCAACAAGAAAUGAUGCAUAAGCCACAGUCCACAAUGUUACGUCAGUUGAACUCCGUAUUAAAUGAGACAUUAUCAAAGAUCAAUGAAUUUGAUGUGCAAAAUCUCUCCAAAAUGGCCAUGAAUCAGCUGACAAAACCGUUGCAAAAACUUCAUGUCACAAUUGUGAAAGCAAAACAAAAUGAACCAUGUGCCGCCAUUGAAAAACUACAAAAGGCCGUUUCACAAGUGCAAAAAUGUAUUUUCGAUCAAAUUGGAUUCAAUGUAUUGGAUAAACAUGGAAUUACAGCCGUUCAAUUCGCUGAAUUGCAUCGUUGCGUUGUUACUAUUCCGGAACCGUUGCCCAAUUUGGCAGUCAAUUUGGAAACUUUGGUUACCAUUGAUGAUGUUUCAAUUCUCCAGUCUAUUCAAGAGCCGAUAAGAGAGCUAAAGCAAAUCAUUGACACAAAUCCAGAAGGCUUCACUGAUGCAGAUCAAAUCAAUGAAGAUAAUCUAUCUACAUUGAAAUCGGCAGCAAAACCGCUUCUGAAUCUAAAAAGACAAGCACAAUCGUUGGACGAAAGCACGCUACAGCGAUUACAUGCGAUUUCAUUUUCGAAAGAAGAAAACUCUGACUCAAUGCCAAUGCUACCAGUUAUUGACUUGAUCGUUUGUAUGGAAAGUAUUGAAUUGCAAACCAUCGAGCAGUUUGCACGAUCGGUUGCUCCUGAAAUAGUACCACCGGUCGUUGUGAAUGUUGAAGAAUUGAAGCGAUGCGUAUCGAAUACCCAACGUGAAGACACUGUAAAAGCUUUGGAUGAAAUAUCAACUGCAACAGGAUUACAGGGACUAAAAACGAUCGCAGCUUCAUUGCAUGAAUUACAGCAUUGCAUCGAAAGCACCCAAGACGUACAAAGUGAAUCAUCGUUAAGCGAAAUCGAAUGUUUAUCCCAGCUGAGAGAUGUUGCCAAACCACUACUUGAAAUAAAAGAUUUCGUUGCAACAACCGAAGGCCAAAUGGCAAUUCAAAUGAGCACCGAUAUAUCCGGCACAGACGACCUGAAAACCAAAGCGCAGCCACUUUUGGAACUAUUGACUUGCAUCGAUCAAAUCAACGAAACGGUUUUCGAACAUUUAGCCGAAUUGUCAAACCAAGAAGAUAUUACUACACUGCAAAUCACAGCAGGUGGUCAGAAACGAACUGCAAACGUAGUUCUUCUGCCUGAAUUCGAACGAUGCGUCCGCAAUGUACAAGAGCAUGGUACAGUCGAAGUUUUAGACGAACUUUCGACAAUGAGUAAUUUAUCGGAAUUGAAAACGGUUGCACAGCCAUUGCGUGAACUUCAACACUCAUUGCAAGUACACACAGCUCAGCCACUGGAAAUGGAACACAGCUAUGGUUAUGUUGAAAAUGCUGCAUUCAUGGCUGAAAUUGCAAAACCGAUUAUCGAACUGCGCGAGUAUGCCACCAGUUUGAAAGGGCAACAAGAACUAGUUCAGUUGACUAUGGAUCUAUCAGAGAUCGAUAAUGAAGAUCUAAAGACCCAUGCUCAGCCAUUGCUCGAUCUACUUGAAUGUGUACAGAAAGUUGAUGUUGAGACUUUUGAGCAUGCAGCUGAUAUGAGCACACAACAGAAUAUCACUGAAUUGGAAGUCACCAAUGACGGUAACAGGAAGCGUUGUGCAAAUAUAGAAUUGAUACCACAACUUGUGCAUGCAAUUGCAGAAACUCAACAGCUAGAUACCAUUCAGGCUAUCGAAGAGUUUGAUAGGAAAGCGUGUGACCUUCGUAGAGUAGCGAAACCAUUACGUGAAAUACAACACUACAUUGAAAUCAAUCAAUUGCAUUCAUUGCAAGUGGCCAACAACUUGAAAAUGGAAGAUAUUGGUUUGCUAUUGAAAGAAAUGGCACAACCAUUAAUGGAAAUUCGUAAUUUUGCUAUGAGCACAGAUGGUCAAGUGAUUCUUGAAAUGCAGGAUGAUCUAUCAAUUUCAGAUCGCACAAAGUUGUUGGUUAGACCAUUGGUUGACUUAUGUGUAUGUGCCACGAAUAUUGAUCCCAAUGUAAUCGAACCGGAAGCAACUCACGAGGAUAUCUCGGAAAUGGAAACCAUCACCGACAUCGAAGAUUAUCCUAAAGAAAAAGAUUCGGACAUUUUCCAGAGUGAAUUGACAUCUAGUCUAAUCAAUCUGGGCCAAUCUAUAAAUGCUGUUGAAAUCAAAACAGUCGAACUGAUGCCAGCAACGAGACAAUUCGCAGUUUUGUCGAAACCUUUGAACGAGGUAAAAAAUGCCAUCGAAUCAUCGCAAAAUGUCAACGAACCAGUUGACUGUGAAACAAUUGCACAAAUAUUGUAUAAUUUACGCGAGAAUUUGGCCAGCAUUAAUCCAGAACUAUCGACAGAAUGUCCACCAGAAUUGGUUCAAAUCAAUUCAGAAUUGUUGGUUUUGGAGAAACGUUUGAAUGAUGCACUUCAAAGCAUUGAAGAUGUAAGCCGAUCGCCCACUGAGGCAGUCAUUGCGCAUAUUCAAACGCCUAUUGAAAGCGUGCAACAAUGCCAGCGACUCAUCAAGAACAUCGAAAUCACCACACAAAAUGACAAGAUCGAGCAAGUAGAAAAACCACUGAAUGCACUCGAAACUAGCUUUCAAUGUUUAGGUGGAUUUAUUGCUGCAAAUCCACUGCAACACAUUUCACGCAGUGCCAAUGAGAUUCAAUCUUUUAUUGCCGAAUUACAACAUAUUGAGUCACAACUAUUCUUCGCCCAAGAAACAUUUUCUGCCGAUCUACAGAAUGCACAAAUACGAGACUUCGUCGAGGCAAUCGGUGCGGUAAAAGCAGAAAUCUCUGUGGUUCAAAAUGCAAUCCAGUUUGCCGAAUUGCUUCAUCCACUUUUAAUAACGAAAGCUAUUGAUUCAAUUAGUACGCCCAUCACAAACUUAAGCGCAACAAUUGAAAACAUUUCAAAUUGGCCAAAUACCAGCCAUGAUGAGCACAACGUUUUGAAUGCACCUCAAUCAAAAGUGGAUGAGUCGCACGAUCAGAAUCAAGGUAAUCUGGAUAUAAUUGCUGGCACCGAACAAAAAAGGGACAGCGAAACUGAAAGUGGUUCAAUUGAAGCGAAAAAAGACACAAACGUUCUCCAAGUGGAAAUGGACGAUUUACUUCGGAAGUCUGAAGACAAGCGAUUAACUCCCGAUGAAGAAGAUCGAUUAAAUUCAUUGUUGGCUCGAAUAAAUUUGCUCGAUAUUAAAAUCCACCAAGAAGUCUUUGAUGCAAAAAUCAUUAACGAAAGUACAGCCAAUGUUAUUGAGCAACUGAAGGAGGACUUGGAAAUGCGUGAUGAGCUUAAAAAAAACGUCGAUUCCGGAAAUGCUUCCAGCGAAGCCGAAGAAUCCAAGCUCAAUGAAAUGGACAAUGAUGAUAUCUCACAAACACAAAUUGGCAGUGAAAUCAAUCAGGAACAACAACACCGUACAGAAACGGACAGUAUGUUACACUACGGCACAAUCGAUCCCCAACCUGAAAAUCGGGAAAAUCAAAUGGAAAAUGUACAAGCACUUAGACUGGGACACCAAUUUAACUUUAUCGACGAAACAAAUGUGUUUGAAGCUGAACUCAAGACAAAUAUUCAAGCACUCUAUAUGAAUAUCAUCGCCAUAGCGGCUGAAACGACUCACGGACCAAACAACAACCAAACACUAAGCGAAGAAGACUAUCAAUUGCUAUCGCAACCUAUUUUGUAUAUGCAGCAAGCCUUGGAUUCGAUUCAAGAAACUCAGACUGUUGAUUUACAGACCCUUACCUACCUUUUAUCAGAUUUAAAACAGUCCAUCGAAUCGUUCAGCACAGGUGACGAGGUGAAGGUCAACCAAAUUGAUUUGGUAUCAUUGGGGAAAUGUGUUAAUGAUGCGAUUAUUAGCGCUCAGGAUUUAUACAGACCACCAAUUGAAGCGGUAAUGGCACAUUUGGAGCAAACAAAUGGAAAACUUGCUGAAUGUCUGAAGACAACGUUGCAGUCAACAAGUGUCAUCAGUGAACUGCAACAGCCACUGAACGAUUUGCAGAAAAGUGUACAACAUCUGACCGAAUUUAUCGUCCAAGAUCCGCUACAAAAAACUUCAAGGAACACACCUGAUAUUCAACAGUUUAUCGCUGAACUGCAAACUAUAGAAUCGCAAUUGUUUUUCCUGCAACAAAACUGUGCGGAAUCCAAAUCAAUGCCGUUGCAUUCUGACCUUGGACAGGCUGUGCUUGAAGUGAAGAACCGAUUGUCACAUGUGCAAAACACGAUUCAAUACUCCGAAGAAAUUCAUCCAUUGCUUCUUACGAAAGCGGUGGAUUUGUUAUCGCAACCACUGGACCGUCUGAAUGAAAUAUGCGAAAAUAUUAACGUAUUUAUUGCCAAUGAAGAAAAUCUCCAAAUAAUAUCUCAUCAACCUAGGUCGGUACAAGAGGAAUGUAUUGAAAGUGUACCACAAACAGGAACUACAGCCAGCGUUCAGAAUGACAUUGAAGAAGAGCAAAAAGCCUCGCAACAAAAUGUUCUGAAGUCUGACACAGACAUCUUAUUAGAUGAAUUCCUCUUCAGUUCAAGGGAAUUAAGGAGUUGUGCCAAUAUGCUUUUAACUGGCCAAUUGUUGACAUUAAAACCAUACCAAGUCAUAUCCAGAUCACUAACACACCUUGCCAAAAUCUUAGAUACAACCCAGAAUACACCAUCUGAAAUUCAAGAUACAGCUAAUCUUCUGUGGGAUCUAAAAGAGAAACUCGAAACGAUCAAUCCAGAAAUCCUAGCGGAAGCCAAUCCAGAAAUUGCCGAAGCAGCUUAUGGUGAACUUAUGUCUUUGGAAAAGAAAUUGACCGAUACUUUGGGAUGCGUAGAAGAUAUGAAUGUGACACCGAUCGAAGCAGUUAUUACCCAUUUACAGAAGCCGAUUCGGACGAUAGAAUCGUGCUUGAAACUUGUUAAACAAACAUCUUCCAAAGCCAAUAUUAGAGAUCUAGAACGACCGCUAAAUGAAUUGAAAACAAGUAUAUGCAUACUGGGUGCAUAUAUUCUAAGAGAUCCUCUAGAGCACAUCUCGAGAAAUUCCGUGGAAAUUAGAAGUUUUAUCGCCGAACUACAAAGCAUAGAAUCGCAAUUGUACUUCAAACAGAGCGCAAUUGCACAAUCGCAUUUGGUACCAUUCCACAAAGAGCUAUCUGAUUCGAUUGCGAUGACAAAGCUUCAGAUAACAGACAUUCAAAAUGAAAUACAGUACGCAGAGACAACGCAUCCGAUUCUUAUAGCAAAAACCGCUGAUAAGCUAUGCAAACCACUAGAGUUGUUGCACAUGAUUAUCGAAAAUAUACACCAAAUAAUGGGUGAGGAUGAAACAAUUGAAGAACAUAAAUCUGAUGCGGAUUCAACUCAGGAUAAAACCAAAUUUUCUAUUGCCAAGCAAUCCGAAAAUGAACAUGUUGACGAGCUGCUACAAACAGUUGAAUAUAUUGAAGCUGAAAAGCAACAACAAGAAGCAGAUAUAAGCGAGCAAGACGAACUGAAUGUCAUAGCUAAUCAGCAAACAGCCAUUAUUGAUGCACGAGAUGAAUUAAGAAGCUGUUCAAUAAGUGAAGCCGAAAUAGAUGACAAAUUACAAUAUUCAGAUCGAGAUGAAGUUGUAGAUGAAGAGGUAUUUGUUAGUGAAGAAGAACAAGGAAUGAUCAAAAAUAUCAUACAAGCUUCUAAGGAACAAGUCGCUGUUGUCGAAGAAGAGAAGCAACAAGAAAUCUCAGUCACAGAACAAGAACAAGUCCAACAAUUGAAACAGGCCGAAAUCGAAGGCGUGGCUGAGACUUCUGAGGGUGUUGAACAAUUGGCCAAAGAGGAAUUGGGCGUAACUGCUGAAGUCUCCAAGGAAGACGAACUCUCGCAAGCUAGUAAGGAACAAGUCGCUGUUGUCGAAGAAGAGAAGCAACAAGAAAUCUCAAUCGCAGAACAAGAACAAGAACAAGUCCAACAAUUGAAACAGGCCGAAAUCGAAGAAGAGAAGCAACAAGAAAUCUCAAUCACAGAACAAGAACAAGAACAAGUCCAACAAUUGAAACAGGCCGAAAUCGAAGGCGUGGCUGAGGCUUCUGAAGGUGUCGAACAAUUGGCCAAAGAGGAACUGGGCGUAACUGCUGAAGUCUCCAAGGAAGACGAACUCUCACAAGCUAGUAAGGAACAAGUUGCUGUUAUCGAAGAAGAGAAGCAACAAGAAAUCUCAAUCACAGAACAAGAACAAGUCCAACAAUUGAAACAGGCCGAAAUGGAAGGCGUGGCUGAGACUUCUGAGGGUGUCGAACAAUUGGCCAAAGAGGAAUUGAGCGUAACUGCUGAAAUCUCCAAGGAAGAAGAACUCUCGCAAGCUAGUCAGGAACAAGUCGCUGUUGUCGAAGAAGAGAAGCAACAAGAAAUCUCAAUCACAGAACAAGAACAAGUCCAACAAUUGAAACAGGCCGAAAUCGAAGGCGUGGCUGAGACUUCUGAGGGUGUUGAGCAGUUGACCAAAGAGGAAUUGGGCGUAACUGCUGAAGUCUCCAAGGAAGACGAACUCUCGCAAGCUAGUCAGGAACAAGUCGCUGUUGUCGAAGAAGAGAAGCAACAAGAAAUCUCAAUCACAGAACAAGAACAAGUCCAAAAAUUGAAACAGGCCGAAAUCGAAGGCGUGGCUGAGACUUCUGAGGGUGUCGAACAAUUGGCCAAAGAGGAAUUGGGCGUAACUGCUGAAAUCUCCAAGGAAGAAGAACUCUUGCAAGCUAGUCAGGAACAAGUCGCUGCCGAAAUCGAAGGCGUGGCUGAGACUUCUGAGGGUGUCGAACAAUUGGCCAAAGAGGAAUUGAGCGUAACUGCUGAAAUCUCCAAGGAAGACGAACUCUCACAAGCUAGUAGGGAACAAGUCGCUUUUGUCGGAGAAGAGAAACAGAGGAGGCAAAAUGAAUUAUCUGAAGAAGAUAUUUUGUUCGAGAAGCAUAUGCAAAAUUCCAUUGCUAGUGUGGUGGAAUGUAUAUCAUCCUGCAUUGAUUUGGUGUACAAUUUACCCAAGAGUUGCUGUAUACUCCUAAAUUCUUGUGAUAAAGAUAUUCUGUUGAAUAUCAUACCAAUAAUUAAGCGACUCAAAAAGUGUGCGAAUGACGUCAGCACUGGCGAUGUAUUACUACAGUCAAAUUUUGUCACCAAUUUUACUUUAUAUAUCUCGGACACUAAGCCUCUAGUAAAGAAUCUUGUUGCAGUUAAUUCCAAGGGCAAUGCUUCGUAUGAAAUUCAACAAAUCUUGUUGUCUGUAAAAGAGCUUAACACGUUUUGUGGUAAUCUUCGUAGAGAUUUGAAGUCUGACCAUACUCUGCAAAAGCUGAAGGCUGUGAAAAAUAUAUCUGAGCUAUUAGUAAACUUGAAAAAUUUGAAUGUACUGCUUGGUGUAUUGAGUGGUAUGACUCCAGAAAUUGUUGACACAAUAGAAGAUGUCAUGCUAUUUGAUGACCGUCUAGGGGUCACAAAUAUAAAAUCGGAUGAGCAAGCAGAUCAAGACAUAAUAGAAGUGGCACCUGAACGACCACAGCGCAAGACAAAGGGUGAAAAGGCACUUUCAGCAGAUUUGGAAUUAAAUGUUCAAAAAGGCAGUGAAUCAGAGGAAACCCAAUCAAUCAUUUCAUCGUCUGACUUGAUUCCUUCUACUGCAAGUACAGAAACAUGCAAUAUUGGUACUUCAGAAAAAAACUUACAGGACUUUAACAAAGUUGGAGUGGAUAUCGUUCCAGUUUGUCAAUCGCAGUCAGAAGAAAAACCAAUGCUUCCAAAGAGGGCUUCGAAAAAAUCUCCAGAAGAGGAGAGGAAGAGUGAUAUCAAUGAAUUGAGUAAGAAUGAAGGUACAAGUGAAGCCAGUGACAGCAUCCCAGAAAAACCUAAACGAUCAAAAGACGGAAAGAAACGAAAAACGCUUCAAUCCGAAACGACUGAAAACUUGGAUACGUUUGACAGUAUGGAGUCUAAGUUAACUGAAAAGAAGACUUAUGAACAUCUGACGAACGAUCCAUCUGAAACUAAGCAAACAGAAACUUCGAUUGAAACGGCUAUUCCAAAAGAAAUGGAAGAACAAAAAACAAGCACACCAGCUGAAUUGAAGCCCGAGAAAAGCGAUCAAAAACCAGAUGUUAUAUCCAGACGUAAGUCUUUCAAGAGUUUGGGAAUAGAAAAAAUUGCCACAACAGCCAAUCAAGAAAAUGCAGAAAAUUUAACUAGCAACGAAUCAACGGAAGAGCCGCAGACAUCCGAACAAAGUGAAGAAAGUAUUCCGCAGGUCGACAGUGUUGGAAAUGAUAAGAAAAAGAUGAGUGGCAUCGAUCAAGUAGCACCUAGUGAGGAACAAGUCGACAUUAAAGAAGAUAUCAAAAUAAAAAAAGAGAAAGUCUCAAAGGAUACCAAACAACAAGAUACUACAGAUACAAAGGAAGUUUCAGAAGUAAAGAAACCGGAACGCAAACUAAGCGAUGAUAAAAAGGAAAGGCGAAAGAAAUCAACUCGGUCUGUUGAAGGAUCGCCACCCAAAGAAAGUGAAGAGGAUGAAAAGAAAUUGAGUGAAAUGCCGAUCGUAGCCGCAGUUGAGUCAACCAAUGAUGAUAAUAAGUCUGAUAAAAAGAAAUCACCCAACGAACACACUCAAACUACUGAAGAAUGGCAAAAAGAAAAUGUUGAAGAUGACAGGACGCAGGUCAACACUAUAGCAUUCGAAAAAGAACCAGAAGCUAUAGAUUCCAAAACAACCGACUCUGCACAAAUUGAAAUUGAAAAAACUUCAAUUCCAGACAAACAACUGGAUGACCGUGAACCAAAACAGAUGAAAUCACGAAAACCUUCGAUAGAAGACCGAAAAUCAAAGCGUGAAAAGUCAACAAUUGACGAGAAAAAAACCGAAAAAGAUACAUUAGUGGAAAAAGCAAAGUCAUCAAAGGAUGCCGUUGAGUCUCAACAUGUCAAAGAACAAACAGAAAAUCAUAUUGAAACCAAAGCUGAAAAAAUAUCAAUAGAUGGUAUUGCAUCUCAAACAGCUAAAGAAAAUGAGACUUGCAUAUCAGAACCAGAUCAAGUGGUAGUUUUCAGUGGUGACAAAUCAACAGAAGUUGAAAAGGGUGAAAUUGAAAAACCGGUCGAAAGCAAACCUGAUGAAUCUCAAAAGAAAAAGAAAAAAUCAGAGCGUAAAUUGAGUGAUGAUAAAAAGAAAAAUCGAAGGAGAUCGUCUCGGUCUGAUGAGGGAUCACCACCCAAAGAGUCGAAAGACCAUAAAACACUUCAGGCUGAGCAAAGUCAUAAUGAAACCAAGAUUGAAGAGCCAAAACCACAGACUGAAGUCUUAUCGGAAAAACUACAAAUUAACGAAGAUCAAACAACGGGACAAAUCGAAAUAAAUAAAAUUGAUACAAAUAAGCAUUCGUUCAUACCCGAAAAUGGCCAAAGUGAUUCGAAGGAAUGUAAGAAACUCGAACGAAAAUUGAGCAGUGAAAAGGAGAAAAAGAGCCGAAUGUCACUUAGAAAGGAAAGUAAAGAAGCCACUACAACAUUGACCAAUGAAGAUGUGCCUUCUUCCCCAAGCGAAGAAGGAUUGAAACGAUUUGAUGUAGCAUACGCACAAAAUAUUGAUGAAAAGGCCACUCUGGAUCAAAUCGAAAGCGAAAAGGCGACAAUUAGUUCAGGCAAAAUGUCCAAAAACUCGGUUGAUUUGGCAAGAGAAGGCAUUGAAAACAACAAGUUCGGCGAUGAAGAAGCGCUGAGCAAGUCAGACCUGCAGGAAAAUCAGCAAAUACCAACACCAACGUCAAGAACACGAAAAAAGCCACCUAUUAUUGAGCGACCAAUAUUUGAAAGUCAAUUAACAAAUCGUAAUGUAUCAUACGGAUCAUCUACAAAGCUGACAUGCAGCUACACUGGUAUAAAAGUCCGCGUUCAAUGGCUUAAAAAUGGUGCAUUGCUGAAACCAAGUGAUAAAUUACUCAUCAACACCGCACAAGAUGGGAUCACCAGCUUACGUAUAAAUGGUGUAAACUCAACAGAUGCCGGACAAUAUACGUGUAUUCUAUCGAAUUCACACGGUGAAUGUGAAUCAAAUGCAAUAAUCACAGUGUUCGAGCCACCAGAGGAGAUUUUUGAACCGCCAAAGAGAGAGCGAAGACGGAACUCCGCGAAAUCAGCCCAAAGCCAAGUAGAGCCGAUUGAAGAGCAGACCAAAGUUGAAUCACAUGUGAAAACAAUACGAAGACCAUUCAUUGAAACCCGACUACGUAGCCAAACGGCUGACUUAGGAUCGAAUGUUCAGCUAAUGUGUAGCUUCACCGAUCACCAAAUCAAUCAAUGGCCGACUACCAAAUGGCAACACAACAGAUAUGAUAUUCGAGCCGAUGGAACUAAAUAUAAAAUUAGCGAGUCUGAAGGAUUUGCAUACUUGAGUAUUUUGAAUAUAGAAAAAGAAGACAGUGGUGAAUACAAAUGUGUCGUAAUGAACGCAGCUGGACAGACUGAAUCAAUGUGUGACAUCAAAAUCCAUGAUGAUGGGUCGUCGAAAACGAAUGAGCAAUUGAAACGAAAAGCGAAAAAGGAUGAACAAAAUUACCUAAAAGCAUCAGCAAAAACUGCACCGCAAUCGUCCGUCACUUUAAGUAAAAUCAAAGAAUCAUUUGCAUCACAUUCGAACCAACUCACUCUCGAGUGUCAGGCCAAUAGUUCACAAUACAUAAGUUCAUCGUCGAUAAAAUGGUUCAAAAAUGGUAUUCUCAUCGAUCAUGUGUCGAGUGGAAGAUACUCGAUGAUUCAACAAAAUGGUUUGAUUCGUUUGUCAAUUGCAAACCCCAAUGAGACUGAUUCUGGUGAAUACAAGUGUGAAAUCGGAUUGCUUGGCCAACCAAUAUGCUCGGUGUUACAGAAUGUUAGCGUGAAACCAUCGAUUGUAUCUCCAGUCCCAGAAGAGCGGCGAAAGCAUCGUCAAUGUCCGGAACGUGCUACCCAAAAGCAUUUAACACGCGAGCAUGGUGAAAAACAUGCACCACCUGUGGCUUUGGCUUCAUUUAUGAAAAACCUUACAGUUGAGGAAGGUAAUCGUGCGAAAUUCGUGUGCAGUAUCAUUGGACAAGUGGAUACAGUUGAAUGGUUCAAGGAUGAUGUUCGUUUGCAAAAUGAAUUGGAUUCGCAUGGAUGUUCCCGGUAUCGAUUUACCAUCUCAGAUGCAACAGUUGGAUUGGAAAUUCAAGAUGUUGUCCCGAGUGAUUCCGGUUUCUACACGUGUACAAUAAAUGGCCGUCGAAAUAGUGUUACAUCCAGCUCAAAAUUGACCGUUUAUGAAGCAUAUAAAUCACGCAAAAAAUCACUCACAUACGAUCGCCCGCCGAUGCCAUCAUCACUAACUGAAUUCAUACCAAAAGAUACAUCAUCAAAGCAUUUGGACCAUUCGUUUGAACGACUUAUUCGUAGUAGCCGAGCACGAAGUCCAUUGCGUCGUGAAUUUAAAACGUCUCAUCGUGAAACAUAUUUGCCGAUUCGUGACACAUCCUCAAUUACAAUUCGGGAUAAUUUACCCAUAACGAUGCCAUAUCGAUCGAAAUCAUAUCACGGCCAAUUAAAUCGUGUUACCCAUUUGACAAUUCUGAGCCAUUCCGAUGAUCCCAGAACUGAUUUCCGAAGUGUUCGUUCGUUAUCCCGUAGUGCAAACAAUCUCGGGUCUAGUAGUAAUUUACGAAAUAGUCUGACAAGUAUCCAAUCAUCAUAUGUGAAUUCAUAUUUACGGCAUCAUAGCCAUCAUAAUCACCAUGUUAUACCUCGAACUCCUGUACAAAUAAACAAUCGAAGCCGUUUCCGUGUACGAAAUGCCUACAAGGCAUACCGAAGUUGCAGUGCGAAUCGACUUGAUGAUCGUGACUAUUAUACGCUAGGUAGUGUUCGAUCUUACACACCUGGCGCAAGAUCGCCGUUUACUACUGUCCCACAAUAUUCGUCCAAAGAUUUUCUAUCAACGACCACAUUUUCCAAAUCACUUUCUGAUAUACGAACUAUUCCGUCACGAAUAAGUAACGAACCACUACGGCCGUUUUUACAUGAAAGCUUUUCAACUCGAAGCUUCGCCGACAGUUCUGAGUUGGCCAGUCAUAUCUUAAAUCCAGACAUGUAUGUGCGUUGGUUGAAAAAUAAAUGGGGCAUUGAAGAUAGACUCCGUCGGGAACGCAGUGUAUCAAUGCGGUCAUUCAAUGAUGAGUAUGCACGUUCUCGCAAGAGUUAUUUCCGUGAGAGCUCUUACCCAUCGCGAAUAAAUUUUUCGCGUGAUUCGCGGCAACGUUCACCUUUCCCAUACUUUUCGAAAACAAUUAAAGACACGUAUAAUCUAAUUGCAAAUGAGCUGGUGGUGGAGUGCCGUGUACGUGGAGAGCCUCAACCAACGAUUACAUGGACCAAAGAUGGUAAUUUCAUCGAUUUGAACGAUAAAUAUCAACAAAUUGAUCAGCCUGAUGGUGUGUGCCGUCUCGUAAUUUACACUCCCGACGAAAAGGAUAGUGGCUUGUAUGUGUGCAAAGCUGAAAAUUCGGCAGGAAGUGACAGUACGUCACAUAAUGUCGUAUUCGAUGGAAAAAAUUCCUAUAUCAACGAAAAAACACACGGCUACUUCCAUCGUGAUCCAAAUAAACCACAAUUCCAAAAUCAAUUGGGCAAUCACUUGGUCACAGCUGGUGGUACAAUCGCGUUGCAGGCUGAAAUCAUCAAUGAACCAUCCGAAGUACGUUGGCUGUGUGAAAAAGUACCAAUUGUUUUGGGUGAAAAAGUACGCAGCAUAUACGACCAUGGUAUUUAUACUCUGAUCAUAUCCGAGGCGAAUAAGGAACAGUCGGGCACAUAUACGUGUCAAGCGAUAAAUGCCUUUGGAAAAACGGAAUUACAGGCUCAUGUUCACAUUGUUGGACCGUCAGUUAAAGGUGGCAAAUGUCCAUUGUUCUUAUCACGACCAGACAAUGAAAUGAAAAUUCAAACGGGCGAUCCAUUCUCAUUCUCGUUCCGACUUAUCGGAGAUCCAAAACCAAAAUUGAUUCUCUUGAAAGGAAUACGUGACAUUACGCAAAAUGAUCGCACAUUAAAGGAGGCUCAUGACGAUUUCAUUCGAUUCAGUGUGCAAAAUUCAAAACCAAACGACUCGGGCACCUACUGCAUUGUAGCUCGAAAUCAACAUGGAACUGAUCGUGCAUUUGUCACCAUAACGGUUAAAGAAAGGGCUCGAUCUGUUAUACCAGUGAGAUCAAAUUGGUUAAACGUUAGCGAUGAAUACUCGGAUGUCUCUUCAUAUCUCAAAAAUCCACCGGCUGCAAUAUCAUCUGAACCAAUAGUAAUCGACAAUGGUAAGACGCAUUUAUCUAUAUCGUGGCAAAAACCAAUUAAUGUUGAUGCUGCACCCGUUAUUGCUUACCGCGUUGAAGCUUGGUUGAUAGGCGCUGAAGGUGGCGCACGAUGGCAAGAGCUUGGCAUUACACCAAUAAAUUGCUUUGAUGCAUUCAAUUUGAAAGCGGGUGCACAAUACCAUUUCCGAGUCACUCCACGGAACCGCUAUGGCUGGGGCCAUUCAGUACAAACGUCAAGUCCAAUUACGGUCGGAGCAUUUGCUACACUACCAGAAUUCACAAAAAUUCUACCAGGACAAAUAAAAGUACUAUUGGGCCAAGACUUUUUCUUUUUAGAAUGCAUUUAUAAAGGCAAACCAAAACCUCACAUUGUAUGGUACAAAGACGAAAUACCCCUGGAUCAGAAUGAUGAACGAAUCACAAUGAGAAUCUUGGGCACAUCAACGUGUCGCUUAGAAAUACGAGAUGUGCAAUCAAGUGAUUCGGGUCGAUACACUUGCGAGGCGACCAACACUCAAGGUCGAGUUUCGACAUUUGCCCGACUGCAAGCUGUGGCCAACUAUAGAAUUUAUGAAGUGGACAAUAAGCUAAAGCAAAGGAUUAAUGGUGAAACGGAUAUUACGGAAGAUACCUUACCACAAUUUGCAAUGAGACUGCGUGAUCGACGCAUACAAAGUUCAUAUCCAGUGCGAUUGAGCUGUCAAGCGGUUGGAUUACCUGUGCCUGAAAUCACGUGGUUUAAGGAUAACCAACAGCUUACAACUAGCGAGCGAUACGUAAUUUUGAAUGAAGACACAUUUAGUACCUUGGAAAUAAUGCGUGCAACUCUUGACGAUAGUGGAACUUAUACGGCAACCGCAACGAAUGAACAUGGGCAAAUAUCUUGUCACUGUAGUUUGAUCGUUGAUAAGGGCAUUCGAGCUUAUAUCGCCCCGGAAUUCUUAGGCUCCCUAGAACCAGAUUACAAUGUCAAAUAUGGACAUGAAAUCAGAUUGUGUGCACAAAUCGAAGCAUAUCCAACAGUUGGUGUAAAUUGGUAUCGAAAUGGGGCGAAAAUACGACCAAGCCGUCGGAUUGUGCCUACGCUCGACGACGAUGGAUUUGUGGAAUUAGUCAUAUCGAAUGCGACAUUCGACGAUGCUGGUGCCUAUCGUUGCGUCGCAACUAAUGUCGUUGGAAAGGCGGAGAGUACGUGCAAUGUAACUAUUGACACUUGUGAUAGUAUGAUCAUUCCAAGCAUUUGCGAACCAAAUAUAAUGCCAUACUCGAAAGAACCGAUGUUCAUAAAAAAACCACGAUCGUUCGAAGCAUUUGAAGGAGACACGGUGAUGAUUGAUUGCGAGAUACUAGCUGAUUCUGAUCAAAAAGUAGAAGUAGUGUGGCUGCGCGAUUUUCUAAAGCCUGAAUAUUAUAAGGAUGCUCCACAUUUUCGCCGCAUUGGUGAUGGACCGUCAUAUUGUCUAGAGAUACCACGUGCUAAAUUGGACUACACUGGCACCUAUACAGUCGUUGCAAGCAACUGUUAUGGUAGCACUAAAGCCAUAAUUUCCUUACAAAUUUAUGCAAAGGACUUAAAUAACGCUAUGGACAAAACGAAAAAUAUAACACACGGAAACAUUGAAACGUUACCAAUAUUCAAGCGACAACUCAAAGAUGUUCGUUGCUGCGAUGGCGAUAGCGUCCGAUUGGAAUGUCAUGUCGAAUCCACACCAGCACCAAAUAUCUAUUGGGAAAAGGACGGUAAAAAGUUGCAGCAAAUUAGUGACGAUUUCAGUAUGUCAUAUGAUGUUGGCGGACGUGCCAUAUUGUCAAUAAAACGUGUUUAUCCGGAGGAUGAAGGCGAAUAUAAGUGUGUUGCAUCGAAUAGCAUUGGCAAAACUUUUUCAUUAGCUUGCAUCAUUGUUGAUGUGGCGGAAGAAAAAGAGAAUUUAUUAAGUCGUCAGCUAACAAGACCGAGUGGUUUUCUAUCUGCAAAUUCGACUCCACUAUCUACACCACGAGCAACGCCUAUCCGAAGUAUGUCACCAAUGUCGAUGACGAUGUCCUAUCGGUCCUCAAAUAUGAAUGUGGCACAACAACGACACAACAAGUUUAUGUCACCGAAAUUCUAUGCAGUGCCACACAGUCGGGUGGCAGAAGAGGGUGAAACAGUGCAAUUUCAAUGUGCUAUCGCUGGCCACCCAACACCCUGGUCAACAUGGGAUCAAGAUGGUCAAAUCGUCACACCCACCACACGGAUUACAAUCAAAGAACGCGACGAUCUACGAAUUUUGGAGAUUGAUGAAGUAACACACGAAGACGCGGGCCUGUAUCGCAUUACACUGGAAAAUGAGUAUGGACGCAUUGAGGCAACUGCUCGUCUUGAUAUCAUUGGUACUGGAAGAAGUGCAGCUGGACGUGGUAUACGAACCGGAUCGUCGCCUAGACGCAAUAUUAGCGUUUCACGGCGCCUAAUGGGCAGCUCAACUCGGAUCGGUGGUAGACUCGCAUUGGCUGCCAAUUUCCGGGGCACAUCCGCUCCAGCACGAAAAUUCUAUAACAAUGGCAAUGACGUCAAUUUGGAUGAUCCACGCAUCAAAAUAACCGAAAAUGAUGCAAAUAUAAACUUGACCAUUGACAAUGUACAAUCGAAAGAUGAAGGCAUUUACACGUGCAUAGCUGAGAACGAGUUCAGUAUUGCCGCCUCUUCAGUAUAUGUGACAUUAUUCCAGGAUGAAAGUGAAAUUGUGAAGCAAGCCCCGGAAAUUGUUCGAUCACUUGAAUCAAUUCAAAUCGUCGAAAGUGGUCAACAUUUAGAUUUGACUUGUCAAGUGCAGAGUUUCACACCAUUUGAGGUGCAAUGGAAAUAUAAUUCAAAAAUGAUUCUAGCCAAUAUGGAAGAAUAUCGUUUAAUCGACCAUGGUGAUGGAUUGAUUGCGUUACGCAUUUUAAAUCCACUGGCGAUUGAUUCAGGUUUUUAUACAUGCAUGGUUGCAUCGGAAUAUGGAUGCUGUUCAACGUCAUGUGAAGUCACAAUCAAAGAAGCUGAGGAAGUUGUGCGUGAAACAAUUCCAAUAUUUAUUGAUGAACCCGUGCCGGUUGUUGCGAUGCACGGUUCAGUCGUAUCGUUUUGCGCUCGAGUUUCGCCAUCAUCGUCCAAAGUCAAAUGGUUUGUUUGCGGACGCGAAAUUACAGAAAGUUCACGUGGUACAAUCAUCGAGAGCAAUGAUGACGGCUUAAAAAAUCUCCAUAUUCUUGGCGUUGAGCAUCGACACAGUGGUGAAAUUCAGUGUACUAUAUACAAUCCAUUGAAUCCAGGACUAGCACAACGGUCGUGCUAUACAGAUUUAGCUGUGUUACCACGGCCCAUUCAAUUGGCAAAUGUUGAUGUUGAUCCUGACACCAGCCCCUUCUUCGUCCAUUCACAGACCGUUAAUUGUGCUGAUUUGAAUCCAAACACAACGAUCACACAGCAAGCAUUUAAGCCAAUCGCCGAUAUUCCAGCUUAUUUAAUCCGUGGCCCAGACGAUUGCACAGCACUAAUUGGCGGUACAAUUUGCUUGGCGGUCUCUUAUGGUGGAUAUCCAAAACCACAAAUAAAAUGGCUACGAGCUGGCCACGUAUUGACUGAAAGUGAAGAUAUUCAAAUAAAAAUCGGCAACGGAUCGUCAAUGCUAAUAUUAACAAACGUUCAAGCAGAUCAAAGCGGUAAAUACACCGUUGAAGUUAUGAAUUUACAUAAUUGCGAUAUUGCAGCAGCUUCAGUUGCUGUUGAAAGUACACCAGAUCCGCCGAGUGGUCGGCCGUGCAUUUCGCAAGGAGUCGAUCGUGUGUCGAUCGCAUGGUGUGGGCCUCCAUAUGACGGCGGUUGCAUUAUCACUGGUUUCAUCCUUGAAGUGCAGCAGGGAGACAACGAUUGGCAAGAAUAUGCGACAAUUGUUGAUAGUUUGGCAUACACAAUCAAAGAUUUGCAACCAAACAAUGCGUAUCGAUUUCGUGUACGUGCUGAAAACAUUCACGGUCGCAGCGAACCGAGCUUAUGCAGUGAUGUUGUUGCGAUCAACGCCAAUAAUGGCUAUAGUACAAUAACGAAUGGUCUGUCGGCAAUAAAUUUGUCAAAAGAUUAUCCGGAAAACAGCGACGAUUCAGUCGAUGGAAAUGGAAUCGUUGUCCGACAGGGUGGUGACUUCAAAGCACGAUUCGUUUUGGAAGAAGAACUUGGUAAAGGUCGAUUUGGCAUUGUACAUCGGGUGGUCGAACGUGAAACUGGCCAAGUACUGGCUGCCAAAAUUGUAAAGUGUAUUAAAGCAAAGGAUAAAUUAAAGAUUCAGGAGGAAAUUUCCAUUAUGCGAGCUCUUCGCCAUCCGAAACUUCUUCAGCUAGCCGCCGCUUUUGAAACUUCCCGAGAAAUGAUCAUGGUUAUGGAAUACAUAACUGGCGGUGAAUUAUUUGAGCGCGUUGUCGCUGACGACUUUACAUUAACCGAACAUGAUUGCAUUCUAUUUAUUCGACAAAUAUGCGAAGGUGUUGAUUAUAUGCACUCGCAAUCGAUUGUACAUUUAGAUUUGAAGCCCGAAAAUAUAAUGUGUCACACACGAACGACUCACAAAAUAAAAAUUAUUGAUUUUGGAUUGGCACAACGAAUCGAAACUGACAGUCCAAUUCGUGUCAUGUUUGGCACACCGGAAUUCAUUAGUCCAGAGAUUCUAAAUUAUGAACCUAUCGGAUUUAAGUCAGAUAUGUGGAGUGUUGGCGUUAUUUGCUACGUUUUAUUAUCUGGCUUAUCGCCAUUCAUGGGUGAUUCAGAUGUCGACACUUUCGCAAAUAUUACCCGGGCCGACUAUGAUUUCGAUGACGAAGCAUUCGAUGCGGUCACUCAGAAUGCCAAAGACUUUAUUUCUAGUUUGAUGGUGCAUAGGAAAGAAGAUCGACUAUCGGCCAAACAAUGCUUGGAAUCUACAUGGUUAUCACAACAAAAUGACGAUUCGGCAAGCAAGAUACUCAUUUGUACCGAUAAGCUAAAGAAAUUCAUUAUUCGCCGCAAAUGGCAGAAAACUGGAAAUGCUAUUCGAGCCUUAGGACGUAUGGCAACUUUAUCGGCAAAUUCACGUAGAAAUUCGUCCAGUUCAAAUGUUACAAACAACAGUCCUCGGCCAUCAAUUGGUAAUGGUAGCCAUGUAACAGAGACGAUAAAACCGCCAAUGCAGCCAUUGAAUGAGGAGGAAAUUGUUUCUGAGCCAAUUCCAUUGCCACCGCCAUUCGACAUACAAAAAGUAUCGGUAGCUGAUCAACCGGAUAAUGUAAGUAGUCAAGCUCGAUCAUGUGCCGAUGUUGACUACUCUAUAAUGCCAAAUGGGCCUAAGGAAAACAAUGCGCGACUGGCAAAAGAGAAAACAUGCACAGAAAGAAGUGAUUCCGGGUUUAGUGAUUGUUCAAACAGCAGCAAUGGAAAUAUAGCUGGUAGCUACGCGCAUACUUCAUCAAACGUAACGGUAGCGCAUCCAUUGUUUGACAAAAUAAAUUUGAUAUUGGAAGAAAAAUCGAAUAGCGAACAAUUUCAACGUGAUAACACUGCAAACAAUAAUAUGAAGGAAUUUGGUGGAAAAGUAUCAGUGAACCAGCUAAAAAUUAAAUUGGAACAAAUGGCCGUGGCUCAUCAACAGGAGAGCAACACUUUUGACAUCAAUAGAAAAGUAGUUAGGAAAAAACUAUCUGCCUAUGACGAAUUGAUUGAUUCAACGAUGGAAUUGAACAUCGAGCAAAAAAGAGAAACCCAACAAAUGCGCACAUCACACUCUUUUGAUUUUGAAAAUGCUGAUUUGCUGCAAGACACAGAAGAUCAGCCCAAAUCGCUACCGAUAAAAUCUGCACAAAAAUCGUUGAUGCGCUCAGCGAGCUUGCAUCAAAAGCGAAUUGUCGAGAAAGAGCCAAUUAUGAGAUCGGACUUUACAAACACCGUUAAAAUGCGAAAGAAAUCACUUGAGAGCAGUGCACUGCGCGAAAAGCAAUUGCAUUCGCAGCGCAUAUUACUUGAACCAUCAGGUAAGGUUUCGAAGUUGUUGCGUCGCUUUGAUUCACAUAAUGCGCCACCAAAUGAUGAUAACGCUGCAACCGAACCGAUUGUUCAAACUCCUGGCAUUGAUGGUACGUCGAAAGAGAUCAGAACUGAAAACAUAAACCAUGCAGAGCCAUCGAAACAGGAUGAUGAAUUCGUGGAAAUUCUCAGUACGCCAUUGGCGGCCGCACAGAAAUCGCCACCUUUGAAGCGAAAAUCACCGGCCAAAGUUGCAAAAACGAUCGUAAGUAGUUGUAGUGGUGGCAUGAAACGAACCAUUGCAAGUAAAUUUGAGUAUACUAACACUAAAACGUGUGUAACCAGCAUGGAAGUGAAAGUGUCGUCGUCGUUGUCAUCUGCUUCUUCUUCACAGCGCCAUUCGCCCACUAAAUUUACUAAUAUAUCGAAUGCGCCUAUUAAUCGUGCCACACCAAAACCCAUUCAAAAUCAAACAAGAAAUACAAUCGCAUUAAAAAAAUCUAAAAAAUCUACACCAGCUGAUACAUCAACAGCAACCACCGGUCAGCGAGCAUCCCGAAGCACAACAGCCAGCAAAACAUCCGCCUAUUCAAGUUUCAAUCGCACAUCGCCAGUACGCUUAAGCGGACGCGUUCGGGAGGUAACUGAUCGUUUGUCAACGCCGAAAGCCAUCGUCAACAUCGUGAAAACACCGUCUCCAGUUCGAGAGCGUGUAGAAACUAAAUUUCCAGCCAAACAUGAAAUGGCCAUGAAAUCGAUGAGUGGCGCUAUCAAUCAGCAAAUUGUCACGGUUACCGCUGAAACAGUUGUCGAAACCGAACAUCAAAUCGAACACACAAUUAAUGGUAAACUCGACGGAACCUUCACACUUAAGAGUAAAAUGAACGAAAACUUUCGAAAAGCAUCCGCCUUUUGGAAAGCAACUUGAUUCAAAUUCCGAAACGAAGCGACAAAUUGGUGUCCUAGUCAUUAAGCUUUUUCAAAACUUUUUAGACAAAUUGAAUCGAUCCGAAUUAUUUAUCGUAUACAAAAGUGACCCUCGGACUUAUUGUCUUUGACAAAAGUGGGACAACAGAAGAGCUGUAAAUAAAUGCGACUCAAAUGUAGGACAACAUUUUCAAGAGACGCUUCUGCGAAUGAACAUUUGUCCAAUGUCAAUAAUGUUAAAUAAUUCUAGGCGAUUCAAUUGAUUUUUUUUAAAUUUCUGACGCAAUUGGUUUUUUUUUCGUCUAACAUCCAAAAAGAAAUGACAAUAAUUUUAGAACUUUUACCAUCUAUCACAAAUCAAUCGGUAUACCAAUUCAACGACAAAUAAAAAUCUAGUAUAUUGUUCGUAAUUGAUUGUAAUGAUCGUAUAACAAUAGAGUUUUAAUCAAACAACGAAUUGUUCACCAAUUUUUUUUCGAAUUAAAUAAUUAUUAAAGUAAAAAAAAGCAAUGACAAAAAUGUAAAAAAAAAAAAAUGAAAAACCCAGAAAAUGUAUGUUUAUUUGCGUUAUUUAGGUCUUCUUUUUGAACGAUCUUGAAAUUACAAUUUUAUAGAAAAAAAGGCGAUAGUUUGGAUCCAAAAAGAACCGAUUUUUUUAAAUCCAGAUUUCCAAAAAAGAAAGAACAAGCGUUUUCGAUUGCAUUAUGGAAUUUCUAUUUGCAACUCGAUACAUAUCUGAAUGCUUGUUAUGGAAUAAGUGGUCUUCAUUAUUGCACCGUUUUCAUUCGUUUAAUUAUAAUACAAUUAUAUAAUGGCAAAACAUUAAUAUUUUCUUCUUUUUUCUCGUCUCGCAACAAUCUCUAAUUGUAUACAACCAAUUAAUUUGAUUUAAAUAAUAAAUAAAACUUUAGAAACUGCACGAUCA